AUGUCCACCACCCAGAAGACCCAGAAGCCCAAGGCUGGCCGUUCCGCCAUUGCCGAUGUUGUCGCUCGCGAGUACACCAUCCACCUGCACAAGCGUGUUCACGGUGUUUCCUUCAAGAAGCGCGCUCCCCGCGCCAUCAAGGAGAUCAAGGCCUUCGCUGAGAACGCCAUGGUGAGUGCACACUUUUCCUGUCUGCUUGUGUGUUUGGCGCAUGCCCAAAGUACUCUUGGAAGCAAUGCGCCGGCGCCAAACACAUGCGACACCUUCUUCUCAAUCUCAGACGCUGACUGGUUCUUUCUUCACACANNGGGCACUCGCGACGUCCGCCUCGACCCCCAGCUGAACAAGAAGGUCUGGGAGUGUGGUGUUAAGGGUGUUCCUUUCCGUCUCCGCGUCCGCAUCUCGCGCAAGCGUAACGACGAGGAGGGCGCCAAGGAGAAGCUCUACUCCUACGUCCAGGCCGUCAACGUCAAGGACCCCAAGGGUCUCCAGACCACCGUUGUUGAGGACGCAUAA